AUGGCGAGCUGGUUCACACCCACUACUCUCUUCUGUGUCCUCAACCUCAUGAUUGGCAUUAUCUUCAUCACCUCUAACCUCAAAUCCCACCACCACAAACCACCACCGUCGCCAUCGCCGGACGACGAAUACCACCACCACCACCACAACCACCACCACCCCCUGCUCCGAGCUCCGUCCAUUUUAGAACGAGUCAGGUCCUUCAAUUUCUCUCUCUACAGCUCCGAACAACAACCCGACAACGACCCAUUACACUUCUCGCCCUUCCACCUCGACCCACAUCAACAACCCAACUACCACCCACCCCAACUGGUCCGAGCUCCAUCUCUCCUCGAACGAGUCAGGUCCUUCAAUCUCUCCCUCUACAGAUCCGAACAACAACCCGACACCGACCCAUUACAGUUCUCCACCCACCACCUCGACCCACAACAACCAGACGAUGAAGAUGAACACAACAAGAAGAACAACAACCCACCCCAACUGGUCCGAGCUCCGUCACUCCUGGAACGGGUCAAGUCCUUCAACUUCUCUCUCUACAGAUCCGAACAACCCGACCCGGUACAGCACGAGACCCACCACGUCGAGGAGGCUCACGUGACGAGGAGGAGCAAGUCUGACAAGACGGGCGAGGGUCCGGGUCCGGGUCCGGGUCCAGCGAAGAUGAAGAAUUCGGCGAGCCAGAAGGCGAGGGCUGCGGCGGAGGAGAAGGAGGAGGAGAAAGUGGAUCGACGGCGGCCGGCGACGAUGAGGGAGAGGAACGCGGCGGCGGCGUAUGGGGAGGAGGAAGAAGAGGUGGACGCGAAGGCCGAUGACUUCAUCAACAGGUUCAAGCAACAGUUGAAGUUGCAGAGGCUCGAUUCGAUUCUGAGGUACAGAGACAUGUUGAACAGAGGGUCUGGGAGGAUGCUUUUGCUUGAAAGUUUUGGGAAUUGGGACAUCUUGGGCAGUGGUGAAGUUGUCAACAUUCAUCAUCAACAUCAAGGCCACGAUCAACAUCGCAACAUCAGCGAUCGUAAUGUUCAUCAUCAAAACCCUAACUCUCCAAGGCAACAUGAGUCAUCAUCAGCACCAACAUUAGUCAUCAAACAAGGAUCGAACAUCACCAACCCAUUCGCUGAUGUUGCGAUGUUGAUCAUGGCGUUGAUGUUAAUCAUGGCAUCGUUGGAGAGAGAGCGAGAGAUUUGGAACUAG